GUUCUUUACAUCCUCAACUACAAGCUCUACCUCAAACUUCUAGCGAAUUCCAUUAAAGUUAAAAAAAUUAUCACCAUUUAUUCCCAUUUUAAUUUAUUUAAUUUUAAGGUGUAUAUAUAUCUAUAUUGUUACUACCAUAUUCUUUAGUUUUUGUGUAGUUUACCAAAAAAAAAAAAAAAGUUCUCAUUUCUUUUGAGCUCAUUUUUUCAUACAAUUUUGAGCAACAAAUUGUCCAUAGAUAUGGCUCCGAGCAUAAGCAAGGCAAAAACUGGGACGUCCGAUGUAGUUACUAAUCACGAUGGUUGUGAUGGCACGUCUCCGGUUGUUACCUUGAAAGAGUCAAAUUUCAUGGUGGAUGGUCAUGUGAUAUUGUCCAACGUACCAUCUAACAUCAAGGGGACUACGAAGGCGGGUUUUGGUGGGCUUUUUGUGGGCUUUGAUGAUUCUGGGCCGGAAGCCCGUCAUGUUGUGCCUGUUGGCCAGCUCAAGGAUGUUCCUUUCAUGAGUAUUUUCAGGUUUAAAGUGUGGUGGACCACCCAUUGGACCGGGUCCAAUGGGCGGGACCUCGAGCACGAGACCCAAAUUCUUAUCCUUAAGUCGGAUGAGGAAUUGGGCCGGCCUUAUGUUGUGAUUCUUCCACUGAUUGAGGGCCCAUUUAGGGCCUCGCUCCAGCCCGGUUCGGUUGAAGAUUAUGUAGACGUUUGUGUUGAGAGUGGGUCCACAAAAGUGGUUGACGACUCGUUUGGGGCUGUCCUUUAUGUUAGGGCCGGGCCUGACCCAUUUAAGUUGGUUAAGGAUAUGAUGAAGGAGGUCCAGGCCCAUUUAGGGACAUUCAAGCUAUUGGAGGAGAAAUGUCCACCAGGGAUAGUGGACAAGUUUGGAUGGUGUACUUGGGAUGCAUUUUACCUCAAAGUGGAGCCUCAAGGUGUUUGGGAAGGCGUCAAGGGGCUAGUCGAAAAUGGCAUCCCACCCGGCCUCGUGCUUAUAGAUGACGGGUGGCAAUCUAUUUGCCACGACGAUGACCCGAUCACCGACCAAGAAGGGAUAAACCGUACAUCGGCCGGGGAGCAAAUGCCAUGUAGAUUGAUCAAGUAUGAGGAGAAUUUCAAAUUUAGGGACUAUAAGAGUCCAAAGGAUAACAACAAUUAUGAUAGGCCCAAUAUGGGGUUGAAGGCCUUUGUAAAGGAUCUUAAGGAGGAGUUCAAGACUGUUGAGAAUGUGUAUGUAUGGCAUGCUUUUAUGGGCUAUUGGGGAGGGGUAAGGCCCAAUGUGCCAGGCUUACCAAAGGCCCAAGUUAUUGCCCCGAAGCUCUCUCCGGGGCUUGAGAUGACAAUGGAGGAUCUAGCUGUGGAUAAAAUUGUUAAUAAUGGUGUUGGGCUGGUCCAGCCUGAAUUGGCCCAUGAACUUUAUGAAGGGUUACAUUCUCACCUGGAGGAUUGUGGAAUUGAUGGAGUCAAAGUUGAUGUCAUCCAUUUGUUGGAGAUGAUGGCAGAGGACCAUGGAGGGAGGGUUGAACUUGCCAAAAAAUACUACAAGGCAAUAACUGAAUCAGUAAAGAAGCAUUUCAAAGGCAAUGGUGUUAUUGCUAGCAUGGAGCAAUGUAACGAUUUCAUGCUCCUUGGCACUGAGACCAUUUGUCUCGGUCGUGUUGGGGACGACUUUUGGCCAACUGAUCCAUAUGGUGACAUAAAUGGUACAUAUUGGCUUCAAGGCUGUCACAUGGUCCAUUGUGCGUACAACAGCUUAUGGAUGGGCAACUUCAUACACCCUGACUGGGACAUGUUUCAAUCAACCCACCCAUGUGCCGAGUUUCAUGCUGCUUCUCGUGCUAUCUCUGGUGGACCAAUUUACGUUAGUGAUGCCGUUGGCAAGCACAACUUCUCGUUACUCAAGAGGCUUGUCAUGCCUGAUGGUUCAAUCCUUCGUUGCGAGUACUAUGCACUUCCUACAAGGGAUUGUCUCUUUGUUGAUCCUUUGCAUGAUGGCAAAACAAUGCUCAAAAUUUGGAACCUCAAUAAGUUUAAUGGAGUUCUUGGAGUAUUUAAUUGCCAAGGAGGAGGAUGGAACCGCGAAUUUAGAAAAAAUCAAUGUUAUUCAGAGUAUUCCAAACCUAUAUCAUGUAAGACUGGCCCAAAAGAUGUGGAAUGGAAAAAUGGUCACAAGCCCUUCCCUAUUGAAGGAGUGGAAUGUUUUGCCAUGUACCUUUGCAAGGCACAACAACUAGUCCUCUCAAAGCCAUCCGAGACCAUUGAAAUAUCGCUUGAUCCCUUCGAUUAUGAGCUCAUUGUAGUCUCUCCGGUGACAAUCUUACCUUGGAACUUCGUCGAGCUUGCCCCUAUUGGACUUGUAAACAUGCUCAACUCCGGAGGAGCAGUUAAGUCCUUUGACAUCAGUGAGGAAAAUGAGGAGAAGGUGGUUCGAGUUGGUGUGAAAGGGGCUGGAGAAAUGAGGGUUUUCGCUUCUGAAAAGCCGAAAUCAUGUAGAGUCAAUGGGGAAGACAUGGAGUUUGAAUAUGAAGAGAACAUGGUUAAGGUUCAAGUUCCAUGGAAUGAUGGUUUUUCCACGGUUGAGUACUUAUUUUGAGCUUCAACAACUUUCUUAACGUUACUAACUAGUUGAUGAGAGUGUAGUAUGUGUGUAACUAAUUAUUUCUAAACUAUGAAGUACUUUAUUUCUUUUACUUCCAUUGCAAGAUGAUGUACUUGAAAAUCACGAGUGAUUAAUUUUAUCGUCACGAUCGUAGUUUUCUUGAAUAAUUAUGAAAAUGUUUCUUUGAUGUUUUUGUGCAAUAAGCAUUUUGUAUUUCA